CAAAUUUCUCUAGCCGUUUUGUUUCAUCAGCCAAGUCAAAACAAAUAAGUUAACAGUUCUUGGUAUAGUUAGUUUAACAUUUUUUUUUUAUUUAAAGUUUAAAGCUUAGUUUUAUGUUAACAUGUCUUCGUGUGUACGUUUCAUUUCAAACACAACAUCAACGAAACAUUUUGAUGUUAUUGUUUCUGGAGGUGGAAUGAUAGGCACAGCACUAUCAUGUUUAUUAGCUCAGACACCUUCGCUCUCAAGUCAUAAAAUACUCCUUCUUGAAUCAAACAAACCAAAACAGUGGAGUCUUUCACCAGCCUACAGCAAUCGAGUAUCCUCAGUAAAUGAAGCCACAAAACAUCUCAUGGAAAGUAUAGGUGCUUGGGAACAUAUCUCCAAAGCAAGAUUCAAACCUGUCAUGAAUAUGAAGGUUUGGGAUUGUUCUGGAGCGAAAGUGGAAUUCAAUAACGAUAACAGUACCGACCCAGUGGCAUACAUUGUGGAAAACGACAUCUUAGUUGAUUCAGUGGAAAAGGAACUAAAGAAAGCAGAUAAUGUGACUGUUAUGAACGACACACGUGUGGAGGAAUAUACGUUACCCAAACACGGGAACGAAGAAGUGCAACUGCGGCUGACUGACGGCUCUACAGUCACUUGCAACCUUCUGGUUGGAGCUGAUGGAGCGAAUUCCGCCGUACGUAAGGCCAUGGGAGUGCAAUAUGUAAGCUGGAAAUACAAUCAGACUGCAGUGGUCGCUACAUUGAAACUAGCAGAGGGAUCUCAGAAUGAUACAGCAUGGCAAAGGUUUCUACACUCUGGGCCCGUCGCACUUUUGCCAUUGACAAAUGAGUUGACAUCUUUAGUUUGGUCAACUUCCUUAGAAGAAGCAAAAAGACUCUUGAAGCUACCUAACGAUUCUUUUGUGGAUGCGCUAAAUGAUGCAUUGUGGAAGGAGCCAGUGAGGUCCGAAGUAGUUACAGCAGUCAGUUCAGUAGCCAGACGUGUCCUGGGCUUGGUAGAGUCUACAGCUCCUUCCUCCUCCCCCCAGCCUCCCAAUGUAGCCUCAGUGGUGGACAGCAGUAGAGCAGCCUUCCCUCUGGCCUUUGGACAUGCUGCAUCCUACGUGGCUCAGGCUGUGGCUCUGGUCGGAGAUGCAGCACACAAGGUACAUCCUCUAGCAGGCCAGGGAGUCAACCUGGGAUAUGGAGACAUCAAGUGUUUGGUGGAUCAACUUGACCAAGCUGCACACCUAGGCAAACCACUGGGUCAUAUCGGGACUCUAAGGGAGUAUGAGAGGCUGCGUCAGGCUCACAAUCUACCCUUGAUGAUGGCCAUUGAUCUCAUGGCAAGAGUCUACUCCACCACCAACCCUGUACUACUGGCCGCUGGAAAUGUAGCUCUGCAGGUUGCUGACUCGUUAUCACCCAUCAAGACUAUGAUGAGAAAUAGAGCUGCGUCGUGAAUUGUCAGUUCAUCAUAUAGUAUUUGUCUUUCGUUUGUAAAUAUUUAUUGUACUAGUCUUAUGAUUGCUAUUUAAAAUCUAUGUUGUAAUUUGUGAUGUUAAAAUAAUAAAUGAAUUUAUUAA